CCCCCGGAACGGAAUCCUCCGGGAGCCGAGCUGGCUCGCGCGCUCGCAUCCCGCACCAGCCGCCGGCCCCGGCCCCGGCCCGCGUCAGACCGAGCCGCCGCCGCCACAGCAGCAGCAGCACUCGGGAAGCCGGGCCCAACCGGGGCCGCGGGAGGCGGGGGGCGCCCGGGCCCUGGAUGUCCCGCAGCGCGGCGGCCAGCGGCGGACCCCGGAGACCUGAUCAGUGUUCGUCCCCAGCCCCGUGCGGGGCCCCGGGGCCCCCUGAAACCUUCAGGACGGAGGCAGACGCGGCGGGCACCAUGAACAAGCUACGCCAGAGCCUGCGGCGGAGGAAGCCGGCCUACGUGCCUGAGGCGUCGCGCCCGCACCAGUGGCAUGCAGAUGAGGAUGCGGUGCGCAAGGGCACCUGCAGCUUCCCUGUGAGGUACCUGGGCCACGUGGAGGUGGAGGAGUCCCGAGGGAUGCACGUUUGUGAGGAUGCUGUGAAAAAGCUGAAGGCGAUGGGCCGGAAGUCCGUGAAGUCCGUCCUGUGGGUGUCAGCCGACGGCCUCCGAGUGGUGGACGACAAGACCAAGGACCUGCUGGUAGACCAGACCAUUGAGAAGGUCUCCUUCUGUGCCCCUGACCGCAACCUGGACAAGGCCUUCUCCUACAUAUGCCGUGACGGCACCACACGCCGCUGGAUCUGCCACUGCUUCCUGGCACUCAAGGACUCCGGCGAGAGGCUGAGCCACGCGGUGGGCUGCGCGUUCGCAGCCUGCCUGGAAAGGAAGCAGCGGCGGGAGAAGGAGUGCGGGGUCACAGCCGCCUUCGACGCCAGCCGCACCAGCUUCGCCCGCGAGGGCUCCUUCCGUCUGUCCGGGGGCGGCCGGCCGGCCGAACGCGAGGCUGGGGACAAGAAGAAAGCAGAGGCAGCCGCUGCCCCCGCUGUGGCUCCCGGCCCUGCCCAGCCGGGGCAUGUGUCUCCAACGCCGGCCACCACGUCCCCUGGUGAGAAGGGGGAGGCAGGCACCCCAGUGGCUGCAGGCACCACCGCGGCCGCCAUUCCCCGGCGCCACGCGCCUCUGGAGCAGCUGGUCCGCCAGGGCUCCUUCCGCGGCUUCCCGGCGCUCAGCCAGAAGAACUCGCCCUUCAAACGGCAGCUGAGCCUGCGGCUGAACGAACUGCCCUCCACGCUCCAGCGCCGGACAGACUUCCAGGUGAAGGGCACAGUGCCUGAGAUGGAGCCUCCUGGUCCCGGUGACAGCGAUGGCAUCGGUGCCCUGUGCACACAGAUCAGCUCCUCUUUUGCCAGCGCCGGAGCGCCAGCGUCAGGGCCGCCGUCCGCCUCAGCGGGGACUUCUGCCUGGGGCGAGCCCUCGGCACCCCCUGCAGCUGCCUUCCAGCCCGGGCACAAGCGGACACCUUCAGAGGCCGAGCGAUGGUUGGAGGAAGUAUCCCAGGUGGCUAAGGCCCAGCAGCAGCAGCAGCAGCAGCAGCAGCAGCAGCAACAGCAGCAGCAGCAGCAAGCCACCUCAGUGCCACCCAUGCCCACCAUGGCCCCCACCCUUCAACCCUUUUCUGCCCCCUUGGGGCCCUUCGACGCUCCAGCUGCCCAGGUGGCUGUCUUCCUGCCACCCACACACAUGCAGCCUCCAUUUGUACCCACCUACCCAGGCCUGGGCUACCCACCGGUGCCCCGGGUGCCUGUGGUGGGCAUCACCCCUUCCCAGAUGGUGGCCAACGCCUUCUGCUCAGCUGCCCAGCUCCAGCCCCAACCUGCCACCCUGCUUGGAAAAGCUGGGGCCUUCCCCCCACCUGCUGCACCCGGUGCCCCUGGGGGCCAGGCCCGCCCACGCCCCAGUGGGGCCCCCUGGCCCCCAGAGCCAGCACCUGCCCCUGCCCCUGCCCCCGAGUUGGACCCCUUUGAGGCCCAGUGGGCAGCAUUAGAAGGCAAACCCGCAGUGGAGAAGCCCUCCAACCCCUUCUCUGGUGACUUGCAGAAGACCUUUGAGAUUGAACUGUAGCCCAAAUUACCCCGCUCCCACUCCAUCAGCCCCCAGUGCAACACACUCAGGAGGGGAGGCUUCCCCCCCCCGUGCUGCUCCCUGAGCUGCGCCCCUCGAUGCUCCUUCUAAGCCCUUCUCGCCACCACCCCUCACAAACCACUACAGAACCAAUAUUGUGAUGCCUACAUCGCACCAGGAUGGAAUUCAGGGAUGGACCUGGCCUGGCCGAGGGGAACCAUUUCACUGCCAGACUUAGGCUGGCGAUGCCCCUUCCCCAGCCCCAGACUCGGAAUGCCCUCUGUUCAAGCCACUUUCCCCAGUUUCUGUUGUCGCCCUUUCACCUUCCAGUGUUGGGCAGGAUGGAGGAGGGAUGUCCGCUUAGGGGCACUCCUGGGCCCACCUUAAGCCUGGUCCGGCUCCUCCUUGGCCCCUACACACAGCACAAGCUAAGGGCUUCCCUCUGCCCACGCUGCGUUCACUGCCAGUGCUGUGCUUGCCCUGCCCCCUUCCCCCACUCGGGGGCCACGUCUUCCAGAAGACUAAGGUCUCACGGGGGUGGGGCUGGCUGGGGGCCCAGGGGAGGGGGAGGGUUGAAGAUGCUCAGUUACCUCAUGUCGGUGCCCGCUGGGAGGGGGUCCCAGGAGAAGAAGGAGGGGUGCCUGGCGGGUACUUUUCUAUCUUUUAUUUCCAGAUUUUUUUUGUAUCUAAACUUGCAGAUUUGUAUUAUACAAGGACAGCCAAUAAAGGAAGAAUAUAAUGGUG